AUGAACAGCAAUGACGUCGAAUUAGAUAAUUUCUAUUCCACUGCCUUUAAAGCGAUCUAUUAUCCAAGAGAAUCUAUUCCAAAAGACCAUCUACCAUAUGGACUAAUAAGUGAUCACAGUAAAUACACAAACCAGCAAGCAGCCAUCAAAAAAGACGAGUGGGCACUAGAAAUCUACGAAGAUUGCCUAAAAUAUUUAAACGAUGACGAAAAAACAGAUCCAGAAUCAUGGAAUGACGAUUUCGUCUUAUUUACGAACCUACAAAUAGCGUUUUACAAUAAAGCAGACUUAAUCAGAGAAGAGGAGGAAUUUGACAAACUAGUAAACUACACAUCCAAACAUAUUAGAAAUCUGAGGUCUUACGUGGCCAGAAACGCUCAUUUGUUCCUGGAGUGUUUAACUUAUUGCUUAGAUGACGAUAAGCUAUCCAAUUUAUGUUAUAAGAUAAUUACAAACCUCCUUGCGUGUACGGGCUCAGAAAAAUCUAUUUACAGAGAACCCUCAAAGAAAAACCUAAAAAAUCUAACGAACAAAAGCGCCAAGCUCUUCAACCAGGAGAUACUGUGGAUACUACUGGAGCACACGCAAAACAAAAACAAAAGGAUAUCCUCCUCGGCAGGCGACUCCACCUUAGAAUACUUCACCAAUGUUAGCCAAAAAGAUUUAGAAGUUCUGGAUAUGCCCAAGUUUGCCAACUAUGUUGAGUCAUCGCUAAACUCGGGGAACAUCGAUGUUAAAAAGUCAAUCAAACAACUGAUAAUAAAACUACCAAAGGCACUAUCUGAGUUAAAAUUAAAAGAGUUUAUAAAAGAAUCAGAAAAUAAAAAGGCAACAAGGAAAGUUCUGAAGAAGGAACAUUCACCCAACUUGUAA